AUGCUAUCCAUACGGCUCACAGCGCGGCGAGCGUGGCGUCUUGCGCAGCCAGUCCAGGCGGUGUCCACCAGCGCCUGCUCGGCAGCAAGACUGCGCUGUCUUGUGGCCCCUCGUCACUUCAGUUCUACGCUGUCGGACGGAAGUAUCGACUCAAGCGACGCUGUCAAAAAUGGCGCAGAACUGGCCAAGGGAUACCAAGGAGAGUCUGCGUGGGAGAAGAAGAUUCUGACAGCACUGCGGGUGUAUAAACAACUGCACGGCGACCUCCUUGUGUCAUUUUCCUUUACGAUUCCUUCUGGAGACGAGCGCUGGCCACCGGUGACCUGGGGUUACAAAUUAGGGGCCGCAGUAAGCAACCUACGGACCAAGAUAGAGAACAAGGGGUAUCUUUCUGCCGGAAUGGAAGAGGAGCUGGACAAGUUGGGCUUCGUGAGAAGCACGUAUCAGUUCAAGUGGGACAACAUCGUCCUGCCGGCUUUGCGUCAAUUCCGACAAGUGCACGGCCACGCGGAUGUCCCGGUUUGGUUUGUCGUCCCGAGCGGCGAUGAGGCGUGGCCAGAGCUGGCCUGGGGCUAUCGACUGGGACGUGCAGUCUCGAAAAUCCGAGGAGAACAUCAUUAUUCCGCCCAGGUGGACAUGUCGAAGGAGGAACUUGACAGGAUGGACUUCUGCUACGAGAAGUCGAUCUCUGAUCGCAAGUGGGAGGAGAAGAUACUGCCGUCGUUGCAAGUGUACCGUCAAGAGUUCGGGGAUUGCAUCAUUCCCACGGCGUUUACAGUUCCAUCUUGUCCUCCAUGGCCAGAGAAGGCUUGGAAAAUGCCGCUUGGGAUUGUCGUUAACUGCAUACGAUCCCGUGUAGCCUACGCGGAGCAAGCGGCUCGAGACAAGGAGGUGCUUGAUGCUCUCGGUUUUGCAUGGAGUCGUGACGAUGCAGUUGUGGAAUGA